AUGCUCGCACUGACUCUCGCUCUUGCACUCAUCCUCGUCCACGCCCCUCUUGCGAUCACAGCCGCACCAAGCGCCCACGAACCGUCCUCGAUCACCUUUACCCCGCAUCAUGAGUACCGACUCGCACCCGAAGCCUACAGCCCCGACGCCGGCGCACACCAACUCGCAUUCCAUGUCGCCGCUCCGGAGAACGAGGGUGGCCAGCUCACCACCACGUUCACCCUGAAGGCACGCCCGACGACCGUCCUCCGCCCGCGCUCGCAGACGGCGUUCCAGGACGCACGGCUGAGGGGGCUGCGCGGCGGGACGAGCGAGGAGGUCGAGUGGGACGAGAUCGAGGUCAUGGGCCCCUAUAUCGAGGACCUGCACACCCUCGACCAGCUCGCCCGUAUGACGGGGAACGCAUACGCGCUGCCCGGCCAGAAGAACUGGUACGACAUUGACCCGAUAUGGAACGAGAGCUUCCCGUUCGGCUGGGAGGACGCCGCGGACGGCUUCCGCGGGCACGUCUUCCUCGCACAGCACAACUCGACGGUCAUCCUUGCGAUCAAGGGCACGACGCUGCAGGGCCCGACGAGCAAGAAGGACAAGUUCAACGACAACCUCCUCUUCUCGUGCUGCUGCGCCCGCGUCGACUUCUCGUGGGUCUUCAGCACCGUGUGCGGGUGCUACGCCGGCCACGGGCGCUGCGACAGCAGCUGCCUCACCCGGGCGCUCGUGGAGGACAGUCUGUUCUACAAUGUCGGCGUGGUGAGUGCUGCACCCCGUCCUGCCAUGCGGGCGACCACCUGUGGCUGCCAUGCGUCGCCCAGUAAUCCCAAUCGGACAUCCGUCGGUGACGUCCGGGUGAGUGAAGCUGGACCACGCACGUCCGCUGUCCUGAACCUCAUCAACAAUCUGACCGCGCUCUACCCGACCUCCACGAUCUGGCUCGUUGGGCACUCGCUCGGCGGCUCCCUCGCCUCGCUCCUCGGCGCCACGUUUGGCCUCCCCGCCGUAGCCUUCGAAGCCCCGGGCGAGCGGCUGGCCGCGCAGCGCCUCCACCUGCCCCUGCCCCCGCUCGCCCAGCCCUUCUACAACUACAACUACACCGCCUCUGGCUCUGGCUCUGCCCUGCACCCCGCGCCCGCCGCGCAGACGCGCUUCGGGCGCACGCCGGUGACGCAUGUGUACCACACCGCGGACCCGAUCCCGCAGGGCGCGUGCACGGGGCUCGGCUCGCUGUGCGCGCAGGCGGGCUUCGCGCUCGAGACGCGCUGCCACCUCGGGCGCGCGGUCGUGUUCGACACGGUCGGGAAGCUCGGCUGGCGCGUGGACGUGCAGACGCACACGAUCAAGAGCGUCAUCACGCGCGUGCUCGAGGCGCCGGUCGAGGGCGGGUGGGAGGUCGGCGAGGACGGCGUGCCGCGCGACGUGCCCGUGGCGAGGGAGGAGGCGGACUGUGUGGAUUGUUAUAAAUGGGAAUUCGGCGACUUCAAGGACUCGGCGUGCGGUGUAUGA